GAUUGGAUGCGCAUGCGCAUGGACACCUGGACGCGCAUCGGCGACGUGAAAGCUUGUGCUGCAGAAGUUGUCGAGACUUCGGGGAGGAAUGGCGGACAUUCGCUCCCUCUUUGUGGGUCUCUCUGCUUUACUCCUCAUAUGGAAUGUAACUCGUGGGGUUACGCUUUCCGCCAACAGGAGGAACAAUCAGGAACGAUGUGGCUUCAAGGAAACACUCGACAGGAAUAGGAAUCAACCAAUCGACCUGAUAUUGGGGAUGCAGUCCGGGGCCGAUGCGGGUCGCAGGUUGGCCAUCACGCUCAGAAGCGACAACUGCUCGUUGAACUCCCCGCUGGGCAAACACGUCAUCCACGAGGUGGCCAACGUCUCCUUCACGCAUCUGGCCUGCGACCAACAAGCCGGAGUCGUGGUCCACUGGUCGGCCAGUCCGCUAGGAAUUGAACACAUCAAAGGCUUCCGGGUUUAUCUGGAGGACAAGAAUCCUGACGGGAAACGAUGCCAACAUCUCGUCCUCAAAGACCCGCGACAGCUCAACUUCUCCUACAAGAACACGAAGCUGAGCAGUCAGCCGUUCAGCGACUUGAGCUUCGACACGGACUACAUGGUGCGCGUUGUUCCUUUCCCUACGCUGAUGAACGACAGCUUCUUCCCGCCGUCUUUCCUCAGGACAAACUCCUGUGAAGUCUUGCUGGGCUCAGAAAACCUGGUCUGUAAACCAUUUUGGAAGCCGAAGAUGCUGAGCGUGUCCCAGCUGGGCUCCAAGCUCCAUGUCAGCUUCGAGCAAGCCCCGCCUUCCUUCGCCUUCCAUCUCUACUACCUUUACUACAAGCUGCGCCAGGACGGACCCUUCCGACUGCAGCGCUGCAAACCCGACGCGAACCUGCUGAAGACCACCUGCAUCCUGCAGGACGUCACUCCGGGGACUUACACCAUCGAGCUACGAGACGAAAGCAACACCACCAGGAAGCAGACGCAGUAUUAUGUCAGCCAAGUGCACUCGCCAUGGGCGGGGCCUAUCCGCGCCAUGGCUAUCACAGUGCCGCUGGUCAUCAUGUCAGCCUUCGCCACGCUCUUCACCGUCAUGUGCCGCAAGAAGCAGCAAGAAAACAUCUACAGCCAGCUGGACGAGGAGAGCAGCGAAUCGUCCAAUCAGAGUGCGGCGUUGAGUGCCGAGAGGCCGUGGCCCCGCCCCAAAGUCUUUAUCUGCUACUCCGACCGUGACGGCGCGAAGCACGCCGGAGUCAUACAGAGCUUCGCGUACUUCCUGCAGGACUUCUGCGGCUGCGAGGUGGUGCUGGACCUGUGGGAGCAUCUGGAGAUGUGCAGGGAAGGUCAGAUGUCGUGGCUCAGCCGGCAGCUGGACGAAGCCAACUUCAUCAUCACCGUCUGCUCCAAAGGACUUCGCUAUUUUGUGGAGCGGAAGAGCCGCCGAGGAAAGACGCCGGUCGGACGGCGCAGCGUCAGCGGCGGCGACGCAGACUGUCCGUCGGGGAGGUCCGGCGGUGACCUGUUUGUGGCGGGCGUGGCCAUGAUCGCAGAGAAGUUGCGGCAGGCCAAGCGGCAGGAGGGCGAAGAGCAAGGCCGUGCAGGCGAGCUCCAACGCUUCAUGGCCGUCUACUUCGACUAUUCCACCGAGAACGACAUUCCUACCGUCCUCAGUUUGGCUCCCAGGUUCAAGCUGAUGGACCAGUUGCCUCAGCUGUUCGCUCGCCUGCACUCGGGGCGCUCGGGUCUGGCCGAGCGCGAGUCGCAGCCGCUCAACAUCUCGCGCAGGAAUUACUUCCGCAGCAAGUCGGGCCGCUCGCUCUAUGUGGCCAUCUGCAACAUGCACCAGUACAUCAGCCAAAACCCGGACUGGUUCCAAAAGCCCGCCGCUUCUUGCUUCCCGCUGCCCGUUGCCACCGCGUCUGCGUCAGCCCGGGACGACAAGGUGCCCACUUCAUCCUCCCGGCCGGACGGCGGCCUGGUUCUGAACGAGGUGCUGGUGAAGACGCCCAAGAGUGACGACAGGAGGACCAAGAAGAACUCGCUCUUGCUCGACCCCGCAGCCGCCAUCAGCUAUAAGCUCAGCCUGGGUCCCAAACCAAGUCCCAGUCCUGUUCCCAAUCCUGCUCGCAGUCCUGCUCCCAGUCUUGAUCCAGCCCUUCCUCGGAGCUCUUCAUCCAGGCUGGAACACAAUUCCAGCACGUCCUCCCAAACCCCUUCGCCGUGCCUCCUCCGGGACGAGGACGAGGCUCCUUCUGCAGAAGCGUCAGGCAGCCCCGAGCCGCCGCCAGCGCCGCCACCGCCGCCACCGCCGCCGCGCGACUCGGGCAUCUACGAGUCCUCCGUGCCGUCCUCUGAGCUGUCCAUCCCCUUGAUGGACGGGCUGUCCCAUGAGCACGCCGACUCCUCAUCGCUGGCCGAGAGCGAGUCGUCGUCGUCUGGCUUGGGAGACGAGGAGCCACCGGUUGUCACGUCUCUGGGCUGCAGCGCCCCCACAGUUUGUAAAGCAGAACUGCACCACUCUGCGCAAAGUGCGGGACUGGAAACUGCGGCUUCGCUGUAGCGUCGUCUGCGAUGGACGUUCUGGAAUGUUGGUAACCGUGGUGACUUGUGUGAAGAACGACGCAUUUGGAAUAUGUGGUGCAACAGGAACUUUUGCGAACCACUGAGUUUUUUUUUUGUUUUGGGGUUUUUUUUCUCCCCACUGUUGAAGUUUUGUCAUACCUGCGGACUGAUGGAACAGGAUAUUUGGAACGCAGGUGUAUUUUUACCCCGCCAAAAAAGUCGUUUGCGAUGAAUACUGACUCGACAACAGUAGCCAAUGUUUGUCGUUUAAAAUUUUUUAUUUUAAUUUUUUUUAGCGUUUAAAGACUUCACGUCCUGUUGUUAACAUUUGAAUUGAAACUGGACAUGAAAGUGAAAAAGGGAACACAGCAUUUUCAUCUUGUAUAUAGCAGCUUUUUUUUUUACUUUUGUCAGAAAUGUCUGUUGUAAUUUUAAUUGUUUGGAGUUUUGUUUCUCUGCAUCGUCUCGUAAUGUACUGUUCUAGGGGUACCUUAAAUGUAGGAAAUAAAUGACAAACAUCUCGUGACACGAA